UGGCUGCUCACAUUAGAUAGUGUGACAGAAUAUUGUGUGUUGUGUUUUUUGAGGUACCAUAAACUUUACACGUGCGUGGAUACCAGCUGUAAACUGUUGUCUACGCAAUUUAAAAGAUGGACCAGAAGACCGAAGAGAGGUGACGCAGCAGUAUCAGGUGAGCUGGGAGCCGGAGCCUGCCCCGCAGCGACUGCUGCCCGGCGUGCGCGUGAAUCUGGGCACAGGUUGGACAGCGGCAACAGCAACCUGUUCUGGAGAAUCCAGUUGGACCAAGAUCUCUUCGACACCAUCAUCGCCAUUUACCCGGAGUGGUUCAAGGACUACCAGCUGCAGCUGCAGCAGCAGCAGCAGCAGUCGGCUAGCGGCCAGGGCGACGCCGCCCCCAGCAUGGCGGAGGCGGAGGGCCCCGGCUGUGGCUCGGCCGACGCGCCCGCCGCCGCCGGC